CUCUCUGUUGUUUUUCUCAGGACAUUAGCAACCGCAUUGCUAAGCUAACGUUAGCUGCAGUAGUGUUUUUAGCUAGUGUGAUGCUAGGGUUAGUUCCAGUGGCUGACCGGUAGCAGGGUCAUGAUUUGUCUCGGUACGACUCAGUUGUUGGUUUAAAUUGAGGGAGAGAAAAAAAACUGUACGAAUAGAAAGAGUCGUAAUCACAAUUUAAUCAAGAAGGGAAAACAUUUAAAAAGAUGUCUUUCUGCAAUCUGUCAUUUGAGGUGGAGCUACAUCUUCAGUCAUGGCUGGACAUGGAAACUGGGACGGCUUGGGUGGGAUGGACCAGAUAACUGUGGUGAGGAUAGAUGAUACUCACAUUGCAGAGGACCAGUCACACGUGGGGGGAAGGAUAAAAGGCAGCGUCUCGCAGUAUUACGAGGUGGAGUGUACCAUUCCUGCAGAGGAGGAGGCUGCAGGAGAGGAAGAGGAGGAUGAUGUUUAUGUUAUUGAGUAUUCAAAUCCUGAAGAGGAAGGAGAGAGUUACAAAUUUAUGAUGUCAGUAGAUCAAUCGCCUCAGAUUAGAAAGCCUGUUACUAAACAUCCAGAUGUUAGAGAGAAUGCUAGACCUAAGAGGCUGGAACCAGGUGUAAUCCGGAAGAGGAAAGUGAUAGCAGAAGAAGAGGAGGUGAAAAGGGAGGAAAUUGUGAGCAAUAAGAGUGUGCUGGAGCUUGGAGAAAAUUACGGCGAUAUGAUGGAGACCAACUCAACCUCAGAUAAAAAGCUAGUGUGCACAAUGUGCCCACCACCAGGCAAGUUUUUCAAGCGAGCAUCAGGACUGGCUGUACAUUUAAAGCAUGCGCACACCUUGGAGGGGAAAAAAACGUUCUUCUGUACAUCCUGCAAACAGACGGUGCGCUCGCAGAUUGAACUGGACACACACACAAAGCGCCACGCCAACAAGGAUGCCGUGUUCACCUGCCACCUGUGCUUGGCUGAUGUGGAAAAUAAGACUGGAUAUAAAGGGACCAGGUGGGGCCUGAGGAAACACCUGGUGAAGGAACACCCAGGCAUCAUCCCUGGCUGCAACAUCUGUAAUAAAAGCUUCAAGUCCCUCGUUUCGUAUCUUGCUGACCAGUUUAGGCAUGUCGGCGUGUCGCCGUACUACUGCGGCAGGUGUCAGAUCUAUGAAAUGACUGAAAGGGGUCUGAGCAUUCACAUAAAAAAUCAUGACAAGAAGAAGACGGAGCUGCAGUUGGAUGAAAACCACCCACUAACUCUUGGAGUGUCCAGCAAUGCUGAAAACUCAGCUACAGACGACUCUGACUUCUGACCCUCCAGGUUCCACAUCGUCCGGUCCCGUUUUGAAGUUUAGUUUUUAGACUGAAGCAGCUCCUCAGUGACCUUUUCAUCAGGCUGCUGAAAGAUGUUUAUGCAUCUGAAAGUAACGGAAGACACAAACACAAAUGUUUGUUAUAGUUAGGAAACUUUUCUUCUGUACACGCAGAGCAGAUGGCAUCAGGUUUUUCUGUUUGCUAAAUUACUGUCCAGGAUAAAUCUAACAGGGAAUUGAUUGUUUACUUCACAGUUUAAGAGGAAAGCUUGUUUAUGAGAACAAGAGUCAAAACGAAGAAUAAAUUCAGCUUAAAAUGACAUAAAAUGAGGGAUUGUUGGGGAGCGUUAGUGUUCAUGGUAAAAUACAACCUCACUGAUGACUUCAAUGCUUGUAUUGAGUGUUAUUUUUAUAUAACUUGGAUUAGUUAGAUGGUACUUUUCUUAGGAAGGACAUCACAGGUGAACACAAAUGACUAAAAAUUCAUUACUAGGCAAGUAACUUAAAAAAAAAAAAUCCAGAUUUUUCAACAAGUAGAUGCCAUUACUUAAAGGAGGCCACAUCUCAGAAUUCUUGUGUUAAGUAUUGUUAGUAGACUGACCGUAGACCUCUUCUAGCUAUGCAGGUGGUUUCAGUCCCGUCACGCAUCCUCCGUAGAUGUCCAUGAAUAUGUGCUGGAGGUGCUCCUACACCUGCAGUCCCCUAACAGCCGAGUGUCUCCUGGUGAAAACUUGGGCUUGGUGAGCUGCUGAAGGACCUUAUUGUACCUUUGAACAUUGAUGACGAGUUAAUGCCUUUCUGAUUAUCAUUUGAAUUGUUUAUGAAAUAAAAAUGCCGUAAGUUUACGGUGGCACUGCAGCAGAAGUGCGUUGUUUUUAUAUUUCAUAGAGAUGUGCUAACGGCGUUUUUUAGCCUUUUAUUCACAGUUUAGUCUCUGUCAUAUUUUUGCUCAGCCAAAAAAGGGAAGGCAUGGAUAACAAAAAAUGAACAAUAUAUAAAUACACAUGGUGAAGGUAAGAUCACGUGUUAUUUUUUCCUUUAAUCAUCACCCCUCACAUUUAUCUUUGGGAAACCUCUGUAGUGUUGUUAAGAUUUUAUUUGUCUUUUCAUACAUGUUCACUUGGGAACUCAAACUGUUUUUUAACUUAAAAUUAAAAAGAACUUCUCAGAAAACUUUUACUAUAGAAAGAAGUGUUCAGGGUGCUAAAAUAGUUUGGUUCUAGCUGAAAACAUGGCAAAAAGCUUUAGUUUUUACUGGACAUUCAUUGGUUUUUAUUGUUUUUUUUAGGAAUUUCAGAUUUUGCAAUGAAACAUUUGUUGUGUUUUUUAUUUGCUGUAAUGCUCUUGUUUGUCUGUUUUAUCCAUUAAAUGGGAAAACCACAAUUUUAUUGUACUUGUUCUGUCAGGUAAUAUCAGUUGAAUUAGGCUUCAGUUAUAUUGUUAAUAUAAUAUAAAUUUUUAACAUAUGUAAUACUUUUAUUGCUUCUAAGUGUGAUUUUGGUUUAGAAAUUUUUUUCUUAAGCUCAAGUUGGAGGAAAAACUUUAUUGACACCACUGUGAACUGUAGAUUUCCAUUAUUCAAUGUCACAGUAAUAACUGGCUUUAUUUAAUGUUACACAAUAUUUAAAAUUGGGAUGCAACUCCUGUAUAACAAAUAAAUAAAUAGAAGUUAGAGACAAAAGACACCCACAGAAAUAAGUCCUAAAGAGUUUAGCAGCAUAGUGCAGUAAAUUUUUCAUGUUUUAUUCCACAUUAGAGUUAAGCUUUUUAUUGAUGCUCUCAACAGAGCGUUGGUAGGACGGCAGGAAGGAGUGGUAGGACGGCAGGAAGGAGUGGUAGGACUUUCAUCUGCAUAGCAACUCUGUGUUUCUAGAUCAGUCCCACUACAGCAGAGUUAACCAUAAACUUGACACUGGCUAUUAAAUUUGGUAGAUUGUGUUUUCAUCAAAGUAGAAAAAAUCAGAAAAGCCAGAAACAUGAAGGGAAGCUUGGAUUUGUCUGUAGCUGGUCAGUAGAUCCACCAUCAGCGGGGUGGUAACCUUGCCCUCUUGUGUGGCCAUGAUUGGUGCCUUUGUGCUCUUUAGCUGCUGAAAAGUCUUCUUCAUAUCAGCCGCUUGUUGGAUGGGCCAGCAUGUUCAUCUUCCCGUACUGGUCCUUCCUCUCUCUUCUACCACUGGGUGAUGGAGUCGGGCUGAAAUCCUCCAUUGUGAGGUGCGUCCUUGUCUUCAUCAGUGGUUCUAUCUUUAGGUUUUUAUACCAGCGGGGUAACAGAAAGCUGGCAUAGCAUACUGAUCGCUCCGUCUUGCCAUUCUGCUGACCCUUCAGGUACCACCAGACUCUGUUCUGGCCGACAAACUUACAGCCUUGUUGUCUUUUGCCAGUGAAACCCAAGAGUCAUAAUCUCAGUAAACGCAGGCAGAGAGCCUGAAGAGUCCAGACAUGAGUCAACAAAGGCUGUUAGAAAAACUUUAGAAAUGAGAUUAUUAACCUUAUCUGGGGAUUUGUGUUUGUUGACCAAUCACUUUUACUUGAAGAUGCUUUUAUAUUUGUUUUAAAUUCUUUUUCA